AAUCUCUCUGCUUUAAAUUAUUUGCCACCUUUAUUCCAGGCUAGCAUUAGUUCACAUGUCUGCAUGCAUGCCAAAUUCUAGGGUUCAUAUGCCUCCACGAAUUUGCCUAUAAAUACGCACUUCAUUUUCUCUACACUAAACCUAAAAAAUAGUACUCCGUACUAAUAUACAAAACAUAAAUCCUCUGCUUCGUUAUGGAUUCAAAGAGAUACUUAGUUACUCUCUUUUUACUCUUUAACAUUCUUUUCUUUACCCUUGUAAGUGGCUGCUGGAGUGGCUGCAAUAAUAAUCCACCAACUCCAAAACCAAAUCCGAACCCGAACCCAAAUCCUAACCCUAGCCCAUCAAAGGGACACUGCCCUAGAGAUGCCCUAAAACUAGGUGUUUGUGCCAAGGUGCUGAACGGACCCAUCGGAGCCGUCAUCGGAACCCCACCGGACAUGCCUUGUUGUUCCGUACUAGGUGGACUUUUGGAUCUUGAAGCUGCAGUUUGCCUUUGCACUGCACUGAAAGCCAACAUUCUUGGAAUCAACAUUGAUAUUCCCAUUGCACUAAGCUUGCUUAUUAAUACUUGUGGGAAAAGCCUACCAUCUGACUUCACUUGUGCCUAAGCUAUAAUGCUUCUCUUUUGAGUCGCCACGAAUAAGUUUUAUUGACAGGACUAUUCUUAACGACCAUUUAGGUUGGCACAAAAAAAAUUGUGAUGAUUUCUUUAUUUUCUGUGGUGAUUAAAGUCUCAUUGCUUGUAUGUUUGAUGAAUUAUUUCCCUUUGUUGUUUUAGCAUUAGAGGAAUUUGUUUUUCAUUUUAGUUUGUUGAAGUUCAUGUUGUAUUUUAGUUCUUUGUUGUUAGGACUUAGGAAUGAGCACUUGAUAAUUCGUACGAAGAGAUUGUUCUUCCAUCUCCUUAGUAAUUCACUAGUGCUUCCUUUAUUGACUUGAUGAAUUUCUAAUUCACCAGUGGCUUCUAUUUCUCCUUUA